AUGGCCGGCACAACAUGCAACUGCGGCCACGAGCUGUUUGACAGCAGAGGUUGCUGCCCAGCAUGCUACGAACGACAGCAAAGACGCCACCAGCGCCUAUCAGGGCGAGUGUCUCCAGCGUCCACGCCACCACCAAGCCAACUGAACAGUCCUCGACAAUCCGGUGAACGGAGCAGACUAUCAUCCAUAGCCGAGUCCAACUACAUGCCUUCUCCGGCCAUCGCUGCUAUUACCAGCGCCUUCACAGACGAAGGUCGUGGUCGUCCAGAGGUUAGCCUCUUUCCAUCCCACCUGUACCAGGCGCCUAGAAGGCCGUCAUCUCGCAAGUCGGAGUCGUCGGAGAGAUCGCAGAGGACCCAUACGUUUCGACACAGCGAAGACCAUGUCGGGCCCAUCGUGAGUCAGCUGCAGGGACCUAUCACACCUCGCGUUGGGUCUAGCAGCCCUAUCGAGCAAGCAUACUCUCCUCUUGGUGCCGGCUUUGCAAGGAUGAACCAGAGGGGUACCACUCGGGAACAGCGGGAAAUGGUGAACGAGAAGAGGUUGAGCCAGCGGGGGAGUUUGGAUCUAGCUGUGAGGAUGUUUGAUGGACCAGCUUGA